UUGUAUGCAAUAGGGCAGUUCAUGUGAGAAGGCACCCGACCUAACUUGCUCAGACAAAAAGUUUAAAUACCUACUCGGAUGGCCUUACUUGCCCAACCAAGUAAAGCUUGAGUGCCUUCUCAGCCCAUUGCAACCUAUCCCCGUCCAUCCCAUAUCAACAUGUCACAUUUAAAACUUCAUGUUGUUUUAACAACUUCUCACCAGCAAUAAUCUUUCUAUAUCAUUGACUUCUUACACGUAAACCUUGUACAUUUUCUUAAUGGAACCAAUUCUAGAGGUUGGUGAAAAUGCUUAUCUUUUCCUGUCAAAAAGGUUGUCUUCUCACGCUAAGAGAGUUAUAGGCCACCUAUAGGUUUCCUGGUUCCUUGUUGGUUGAUCAAACAGUGCUCAUUUUGUGGACUAGGCUUUGCUGUUGAACUGGUGGGAAAAAGCUGUUGCAUAAUAGGAGAAAAGUAGGACCAUGGAAAGAUGAUCACGCAAGAAUGAAGAAAUCUCUAAUGGACUAUUUCAUUUCAUUUUAUUAUUUUCCCCAUUCUGAGAUUGCAGUAAUUCACAGAAAACUGACAUAUUGAACCAAUCAAUAUGCAACCACUCGACUUACAAAUUACAACCAUUAUCUAUAUAAAAGCCCAACACUUUCUUUGAUCUCCUCAUACAGACUAACACCUUUGAGGACUUCUCAAUUCUAUGAAACAUUCUGCUCCAAUCUUGGAUAAGUAUCCACAGCACAGAGAUAGUAACCAUUUCUGUUUCAUUAAGAUUUUAGUGUCUAAUCCCUAGAGCCAUCCAUUGGCAUCUUCAAAACAAAAAGAUUGGUAUAUUCAUCUCUGCAACACUGCCCAAAUGAGUUUUUAAGCUUCUACAACACUUCUAAUUUCCAUUCAACAAUUUUUGCAAGUAUUUCAGCAAUAUUAAAAAAUGUUUUGACCCAACAGCUGGCCCCAAUUCUCAGACCCUCUUUCCCCAGGAAAUCAUUUUAGUCCUAAGCCCAAGGAAGCCCUAAAAUUUAAGUCUCCAAUGGCUGUAACCUCCAGAAUCAUGCUGAUAAUUUGCAUCAUCACCUCUCUACUCUAUAUUUCCACCGCUCAAACCUGCUCAAGCUACACCUUUUCAACUAACGAAGUAUUCGAUUCCUGCAUCGACCUUCCAGUACUACAGGCCCAUCUGCACUGGAACUACAUUCCAUCGACCAGAAGCAUUCAAAUUGCGUACAGAGCAACUCAAACUUCUACAGGAUGGAUUGCAUGGGCAAUCAAUCCGACCGGAACAGGGAUGGCUGGAUCACAAGCUAUUGUUGCUUUUCACAAUUCUAGUGGUAUUAUGACAGUUUAUACAACACCAAUAACCAGUUACACCCCUUCGAUGAAACCGGAGACUCUUAGCUUUCCAGUUUCAAACCUCUCAGCAAUGUAUGCCAACAAUGAAAUGACUUUCUUUGCUGUUGUGGGUCCACUACAGAAUGGAACUACCGUUAAUCAUGUCUGGCAAGCUGGAAGUUCAGUUUCAAAUGGUAUCCCUCAGAUUCAUCCAACAUCAGGAUCCAAUGUCCAAUCAAAGGGUUCACUGGACCUUUCAAAGUAGAAACAAAUAUUAAACUUCAGAAUGGCUGUCCUCAAGUUUGCCUCCUUCGACUACUUCAACUAUCUUUGCAAGUACAAUGACUUUGGUCCUUUGUUCAGUCAUUACUCUUGCUAUGACUAUAUUUACCUAAAUUACUAGUUUUCACGUGCUUGUUAUGUUAUUGUAGACUCUCCAGAUACAGUAACUUCCACAUUAAUGCAAACUGGCUCUGUCCUACUAUAUCCCAGCAUCAA